CUGACCCCAUUCCGGAAGUAGCAGGAGCAAAGGGCCUGAAACCUGCAGCUGGAGGUGAUGGAGGGAAGAAUGCCAGAGGCUUCUUCUUGGGAGGCUUUCAAACACAGGCUGGAUAGCCCUCUGCCAGGGCUGCUUUGAUGGUGCCUUUCCUGCAUGGAAGGAGCUUCCUGAAUACAAUGGAGCACUUCGGGAUGGUGGAUCUAGAAGAUGAAUCUGGGUUAUUAUCACGCCUUGCACCCAGUCCUCACAGUGAAGCCGUUGCUCAUGAACUUCAGGAACUUUCCUUGCAGCCCAACCAGUGGUUGCCCUCCCUCACCGAAAGGAAGAAUGUACUGCAAUUGAGGCUACAGCAAAGGCGGACAAGAGAACAGUUAGUAGACCAGGGAAUCAUGCCACCCUUGAAGAGCCCUGCUGCAUUCCAUGAGCAGAUAAAAAGCUUAGAAAGAGCCAGGACUGAAAACUUUUUGAAGCACAAGAUACGGAGUAGACCUGAUCGAUCAGAGUUGGUCAGAAUGCACAUUCUUGAAGAAACAUUUGCAGAACCCUCUCUACAAGCCACUCAGAUGAAACUGAAGAGAGCCCGCUUGGCCGAUGAUCUGAAUGAGAAGAUUGCCCAGAGACCUGGCCCUAUGGAACUUGUGGAAAAAAACAUUCUGCCUGUAGACUCCAGUGUCAAAGAAGCAAUUAUAGCUGUUGGCCAGGAAGACUAUCCUCAAACUUUGGAUGAUUUUUCAUUUGAUGAGGACAGUAGUGAUGCAUUAUCUCCAGAUCAACCUGCCAGCCAAGAAUCCCAGAGCUCAGCAGCAUCUCCAGGUGAACCUAAAGCAAGAGAAGCAACAUCUCCAGCCACCUCAGUCUCCUUUGCCAACCAGUAUCCAACGUCAAUAUCUUCCGUGCCUGAAUUUUUGAAGCCCUCCUUCACUGAUCAGCACACUCCGUGCUCUACAAUUUCUGCUCCUCUUAGCACAACUACUACAUCCGCACCAAAACAUUGCAGUGGGCCAACACUAAUAAAGCAACCCCAUUUUAGGAACCCAAACGACAAACCCCGGAGCAAGAAAUGCAAAGAACCAAAGCCUAGAGUGAAGAAGCUAAAAUACCAUCAGUACAUCCCACCUGAUCAGAAAGGUGAGAAGAAUGAGCCACAGAUGGACUCCAACUAUGCUCGCUUGUUGCAACAACAGCAGCUUUUUUUGCAACUGCAGAUUCUGAGCCAACAGCAACAGCACUACAACUACCAGACGAUACUUCCUGCACCACUCAAGCCUAUGAGUGACAAGCAGUGUAACACUAGGAAUGUACAACUGAAUACAUUGAGCAAUUGCACAUCUUUAAGUGGAAGCAGCAAAUCGAGACAAAACAAUAAUGUUUCCAACAGAAAACUAGGACCUCUUCCUCCUAACUUGGAUGACCUAAAGGUUGCUGAGCUGAAAAUUGAAUUAAAACUCAGAGGAUUGCCAGUAUCUGGAACAAAAAUGGAUCUUAUUGAGCGAUUGAAGUCCUAUCAGGAUCUGAACAAUAAUUCUGUCAAUGCAAGUAACACAGUGAAAAUUUCUUCCAGUAAUGAUAAUAUUAAUUCUGGGGAAGUGGCUGCAAUAGUCCCUGUUGCUGCAUUAAAUAAGACAGAUGUUAGUUCCAUCCCCACAUUUCCUGUCGGGACUGAAAAGAACUCAACUCCCAUGGAAUGCAUCAGCUCCCCUUUGGCCGUUUCCCCAUCUCCUUCAGAGCCGUCUAGUCUUGGCACCGAUGACACUAAUAUGGGAGACACUUUGGCAGAAAUUAUGACUAUAAUGUCCUCAUCGCAGUUGCCAAAUUUCUCACCUAUUCAGCUGACCACAAACGAAGACAGUCCCAGCAGUGAAAGCUUGGCAAUCAUAGAACCCGAUCCAGCAGAAAAGGACCGCAAACUUCAGGAAAAGGAGAAACAGAUUGAAGAGCUCAAAAGGAAACUGGAACAGGAGCAAAAGCUUGUGGAAGUGCUGAAAAUGCAGCUUCAGGUGGAAAAGCAGGGACAUCAGCCACAACCCCAAUCUGACACAACUGUGGUUUUGAAUCAGAAAUAUACCAGCCACGCUGUCAAAAAGGAAGGCACUUUAGCAAACUGCUCUGAUGCAAGACAAUCCAUAUCUGAAAUCAAGCAUUUCACGGCACAGACAGCAUCAGUGGAGGACCAAAACCUAGUUGCCAAAAAAGCCACUGUUGUCAAGCAGGAAGUACCCUUGGCCAAAGCUGAACCACACAAAAUUGUGUCUCAGUUCUGUAUAAGUUCUCAGAGAAAACCCCAAAUCGCUGUUGUUGCCCAGCCUCAAGCUCUACUAACUGCACAAGGAUCAGCACAGCUGCUGCUCCCAGUCUCAUUCCAGGGUCCAAAUGAUGGCAGUUCAGUGCAGCUACCUAUGGACAAUAUUCCAGUACAGGUAAUUCCUACCUCAUCGAAUGCAGCAUUUCCUUGUCAGAAUCAUUCUGUUACAACACUACAGCAAUCCUUGUUUAAUCAGGCAUCAAAUACCACAUUUCCCUCAGGAAACCAGGUCCCUUUGAUUCACAAUGGGCCCAGUGCGCCCCAGAAGCCGCCCUCCCCAUCUCAACCCCAACAUUACGUUUUGCCACAGCCUUUGUUCAGCAGUCCAGUGACGCUGACAAAAGACCCUCCGCGCUACGAAGAAGCCGUCAAACAAACACGCAGCUUUCAGGUUUCUCAGCCUGAGAUUUCUAGUGCACACAGCCAGCAAAUGGAUGAUCUCUUUGAUAUCCUCAUCAAGAGUGGAGAAAUUUUCAUGCCUACUAAGGAAGAGUCUGCUCUGAUUUCCAAAAUGACCCCAGUUACUGCCAAUAUCAGCACAAUGCCAGUGAACACAGUGGUCUCUCGUCCACCACCACGGGUACAAAUGGCCCCUCCGCUCUCCUUUGGACCAGCAAGUGAUUCCUCUCUAUGCUUGGAGAACCAGCUAGAAGCCCUCCUGGAAGGAACGCUGCCCUCCGGGAACGGAAUGCCUCAACUCACAAGCAAUUCCAAGGAUGGAGACGCUUUCUCCCUCAUUGAGGACCUUCAGGAUGAACUCCUGAAUCAUUCUGACUUACUCAAUCACUCCCAGUCACCUAUGGAAAUAUCUGACUUGCCGUUCAAUGCUUCAAAUAAUCCCUGCUUGUCCCUCGACCUUCCAGAUACCAAUUUAGACAGCAUGGAGUGGUUAGACAUUACGAUGCCAAACGCUUCAUUAGGGUUAACGCCUCUCGACUCGACGUCUCCAAGUGUGUUUUCCACAGAUUUUUUCGAUUCACAGGAUCUGCAGUUGCACUGGGAUUAACCCAAGAGGCAAAGCUCAAUUGCUCAAUCGUGGGUUUUCAAGAUAUGUGUCACAAUGCUGGUCCAUUGUCUUUCAGGUUCAACAAAGAUUGUUUGUAAAAAGAAAAAUGAAAAGCGUAAGUAGCAAAAACAAAGAGUGAUGUUCCGCUAAGAUAAAAUUAUAAGAAGAGGGCUUUGCAGUCUUCCGAAAACAUAUAGCUGCACAUGGUGAAAGGAAGCUGAGGAGUUGGGGGGGGGGGGGCAUCAUGCAUUGUAAAUAACAGCGUAAAUCUAUCUGGACAACAACAUAAUAUUAUGGCACUAAAACAUUCCAGAAGAAACUGAAGAAAACCAGUGGGAUGUUUUAAAAUGGUCGAAGCUGGAGGGCAGGGGAAAUAAUUAUUCAUUGUAAAAAAAAAAAAAGCAGAGUAUUAUCUAUUUGGGCAUAAUAAUCCUAUGGUUCAGGCUGAGCUAUCUGAACAGUAGGACUACUCUGAGCUAGCUGACCCAAAGAGAACAGAUUUUUUCAAAUGCUUGAAAUUUGGCCUUUUAUUUCAAAUUGUUCAUGACUUAUUCUUGACUUUUUUUAAAAAAAAAAACUUCAUUAUCCGUUCUGAUCCAAAGGCAAUUUACAAAGGCUGCUAUUUUAUUACAGCUAAUGGAUUAUUUGUUUCUAAUGGUAGCACUGCUUGUGUUGAGCCGUGCUCCUUGCCAUUUCCUCUUAAACUUGGAUUUCAUCCUGCAGUCUCUGAAUAGCACUUUUAUAAUUGAAUGGAAAAUGAACCCAGGUGAAAGGUCACAACUUCACCUUCAAGACAGGUAAUGUCUAAAAUCAAUUAAUUACUUUUGGAAUAUGUUAAGUGGGUAAAUAAAGAUGUAUAUAAGAAGCAUAUACAUUUUCCUGAUCUAACAAGAUGGAUUGCCUCUACUAAAAGGGCGCUUUUUGCUGCCUGUGGUAUUUGUCUGUUUUAGAGGUUCAUGCUUUUAUUAGCUAAUGGGUAUAUUUAUAUCUAUAUUGAAUCCUGCACCUACCAAUCUUUUUUCAGAGAUACUUCCAAUCAUUUUCUCCUUUACCUGGGAGUUUUCUGCAUGUGAAUUAUGUGCUUCUCCACUGAGCAACCGCUGGUCAUUUGAACCUGAAGAAACAGGAUAUAUCAGUAUAUCUAGCUGCAUGUACUAGAAUCUCUCAUAGUCUGAACAGCUGAAACAAAAUAGAUUCCCUGCUUCCUAUUUUAUUUGCAAACAUUAUAAUGUUAUUUCCAAACAUUAUGACAAACAAAAUAUAGUUCAGCAGGCACUUCUGUCAGAAAAUCCUUCCCAUUUCUAACCGUAAGCAGUAUCGUGAAAAAGAUUGCAUUGCUUUGUACUUAUUUAGUGUUGUCCAGUGUAGUGUUUUGAGCCAAUUUCACAUUUCCAAUGCAUAUGUUCCAUUUAUUUUCUCUUGAAGUCACAACUGUGAAGAUCCCAAUAUAGGUUAGGUUUGAAAUUGUAAAACAAACAAAAAACCACCUUCCAGAUGUCAGAGCAGUUUUACACCAAAAAUAAAGAAGUUUGUGGGUUGUACAUUCAGUAAUUGGAUUCAACAAUGUAUAAAAGCCACAUUUUAAUUUUUGUUGCCUUCAUUUAUGGCUUAAACGUAAGCUUAAUACAUAUUGGAUGUAUUGAAAACACAGCUUUAACCAUUCCAUGGCCAUCCUUUAAUGGGGGCUGUUUGAGGUGCUUUAUGUCUCCCAGUGAUUUUUAGUAUCAUCUUCUCCCACAAUAUCUGGUUUGAAUUUAUAUAUGUGUAAUGUUUUGAUGGCCUUUUUCUGGUUAGUGUGUUUAUAUAUCCAGUCCAAAAACAAUAGACAUGAGAUUAACUUACUGUCUGUGUUUAGAACUCAUUACAACAAAUGGACAGGAAACAGGGUUCAGGAAAUCCAAAGAAGAAGAUGCAUUUAUAUUUCACCAGCAUAUAUACCUGGCAGGGACCACGGCCCCCUUGCUCUCAGUCUGUCUUUCUCUUUCCUUUCACCUCAGCUGCAAAGCCAUUCACUGCUAAACAAGGUGGCCAAUUGCAACAUUUACACUUGCCUCAAGCAGACAAGAGUUUGUUCUCCCACCCUGGACAUUCCACAGAUAUAUAAACCUCACCUGCUUAGUUUCCAACAAACCUCACAACCUCUGAGGAUGCCUGCCAUAGAUGUGGGCGAAACGUUAGGAGAGAAUCCUUCUGGAACAUGGCCAUACAGCCCAGAAAACUCACAGCAACCCAGUGAUUCUGGCCAUGAAAGCCUUCAACAGCCAGUCCAGUGAUAUCACAAAGGGCCACUUCAUCUUUGUGGCACAGAGAGAUAGACAGGCAUACUUUGACUUUUAUAGAUACUUUUAAUUCAUAGGUAUCUAGGCUGAUAUAUCUCAAUAGAGUUUGAGCAAGCCACUAAGCCAGUAUAGGCGACUUGUCAGCCCAGUAAAAACAGAUCCCUGAAAAUAGGAUGGAAGAAAACACCCCUGUUAUGUCUACAGCCCCAAAACAAGCUCGAACUUACUUGAUGGUUAUGAUGUACAUUUUGAGAAGCACUUUGUUAAGCAAUGUAAGCCAGUGGCUUAUUUUGCCAUGUUUCCCUGUAGGUAAGUCAAUCUCUAGCUUUUUAAAAUCAUCUUCCGACUGCAGACUUGCCAUCCAACUCUUGCCCACUUGGCAGAGUAUCUGUAAAUAUGUCUACUUUUGGCAAUAUUGUCCAUUGCUUCCUUGCAUGCUCAUGCUCCGUGGGCUUUUCAGACGGCAGGAGAAUGUGCAAAAGAAAGCAAUGCCCAGGAAACAAUCCAUUCAGGAACGUGAUAAGUUUUGUGGAACUUUCCUCCAUAAAAAUGUUUAAGGGAUUAUGAAAUGUUUGUAAUGAAAUGUAUUUAUUUUAAAGAGUGGGCAUGAGUUUGGCAUUUUUCUGUACAUUUCAGAAUAGAGCUUUAUUACAUUUUUAAAACAAUAAAAAACAUGUUUUGCAUUUGAUGGUAAUAUUCACCAUAUGUUUGCAAUUUCUCAUAUAUAUAUAUAUAUAUAUAUAUAUAUAUAAUUGCAAACAUAUCUCAUAGAUUGCUCGAGUAGUUUUGUGCACUUAAUAAUUUUUGUAAUGCAAGACAUUAUAAAUCUUUUUUUAAAAAAAAUGGAUCGUAGUAUAGACUUUCCCAAUAUACAAAGUUAUACUUUUUUCAUCAAUAUGAAGUAAGCCUCCUUCUAACAGAACCAUUCCAUUCACAUAUUUUUUUUAAUUAACAUAAAUGUUCAUGAGAAUUUAAUGAUGUUCCUCAUAAUAACAGGUUCUACCUACUGAAAGCUAUUUAGGAACAUCUUAAACCACUGGGUUAAACCGCUAAAUUGCUGAACUUGCUGACUGAAAGAUUGGCAAGUUGAAUCCAGGGAGCAGGGUGAGCUUCUGCCAACCUAGCAGAUUGAUAACAUGCGAAUGUGAAUGGAUCCAUAAGUACCACUCUGGUGGGAAGCUAACAACGCUCUAUGUAGUCAUGCCAGUCACAUGACCUUGGAGGUGUCUACAGACAAUGCCGGCUCUUCAGCUUAGAAAUGGAGAUGCACAGCACCUCCCAGAGUUGAACAUGAUUAGACGUAAUGUCAAGGGGAAACCUUUAUCUUUACCUAGGAAGCUGCUGGGGGAAAAAUCAAUUGACUCCUGUUAAGCAGCAGAAAGGUAACAAAAGGUGACAUGGGAACAAGCCCAGAUCAUAUCUACAAUGAAAUUCUUGCAGUUAAAUCUGUCAGAAGGAGGCAGGUUUCAGCUUUGCAGAAUCUGCUUUGCUUUUCACUAGAACCUUGAAAUCUUUGUAAAAAAAAGACAUGAAUGUUGAAUUCAAGAUUUUUUAAAAAAAUAGAACUAAAAAGUUUGUAUAAAUCGCACAUAUUCUCUCAAUUCGAUAUAUAAUUCUGCUUAGCCAAGCUUUCUUAGAAUUUGUGGUGGGUUUUUGUUUUUGUUAUUUCUGUUGUUACGAGGAGUCAGAAGCCCUGUUGGAUCUACUGAAAAUCACCCCAAAAUCUCUAAUAUAUCCAGAUCUGCUUUCUUCCUUCCAGUUCCCGAGUCUAUUAUGUUAGUUUGCACCCAUCCAACCUUGGGAAUCAAGCUUAUUUUAUGAUGCAGUUUACUUACAUAUCACAUAGUCAUGCUCAAUACUAGGCCAUUUCAUAGAAUCAUAGAGUUGGAAGAGAAUUCAUAGGCCAUCUAGUCCAUCCCCUUGCCAAGAAGCAGGAAAAUCGCAUUCAAAGCACCCCUGACAGGUGGCCAUCCAGCCUCUGUUUCAAAGCCUCCAAAGAAGAAGCCUCCACCACAGUCUAGGACAGAGAGUUCCACCACUGAACAGCUCUCACAGUGAGGAAGUUCUUCCUAAUGGCAUCUCCUUUCCUGUAGCUUGAAGUCAUUGUUCCGUGUCCUAGCCUCCAGGGCAGCAGAAAACAAGCUUGCUCCCUUUUUCCUAUGACUUCCCCUCACAUCUUUAUACAUGGUCCUCAUCACGCCUCCUCUCAGCCUUCUCUUCUGCAGGCUAAACAUACCCAGCUCCUGCAGUUACACAUAUUAGGGAAGCAUCUGCUUUCGAAAUAGAUUUCUCAAAGGCAUAUUUGAUAUUUUCAGUAGUACAUCAAUAGCCGAAGAGUUAUCUGUUUUCUUGGUCUGAUUUGAUGGACCUCCGUGUAUACCUAGUUAGAAUCCCACAUUGUAUUGAUUAUACAGUAAUUAUUGCUUAAUGGUGAAGUAUGCCAAUAAAGUUGUGCCACAUACGAUUGGUGCUUUGGAGGAUACCCCGAAAUUCAAAGAAACUCCAGAAAAGAAACUGCUGCUCGUGCUUCUUGAUGAAUUUGCAUUAAUGGAAAUGCCUGAAAUGUUUCCAAGUGCCAAUAGUAGUAGUAAUAAUAAUAAUAAUAAUAAUAAUAAUAAUAAUACUUUUAUUUCUUACCUGCCUCUCCUCAUGAUUCAAGGCGGGUUAGAUAGUUGAAGUAUUGAAAGAAAAAAUACAUUGAGAAGAUAAUGAGGGCAUCUUUUACAGAUAGCAUCCAUACAGUCGUCAUGAUGACUCAGUUAAGUCUAGGACUUAAGUCCAAUUUAUUAUUAUUAUUAUUAUUAUUAUUAUUAUUAUUAUUAUUGACACAAAAGCACAGUAUGUCACAGCAUAGUAAGGUGGCCUUUUGCAGUUGACAGAUCAUGAUUUUGUCAAUGUUUAUUGUUUCCAAAUGCCGACUGAGAUUUUUUGGCACAGCACCCAGUGCGUCAAUGACCAUUGGGACCACCUGUACUGGUUUAUGCCAGAGCCUUUGCAGUUUGAUUUUGAGGUCUUAAUAGCGGCUGAAUUUUUCCUGUUUUUCCUCAAUGCGACUGUCACCCGGUGUGGUGACAUCAAUAAUCCAGACUUUUUUCUUUUCCACAAUCGUGAUGUCUGGUGUAUUGUGUUCCAAAACUUUGUCAGUCUUGAUUCGAAAGUCCCACAGUAUUUUUGCAUGUUCAUUUUCCACAACCUUUGUGGGUUUAUGAUCCCACCAAUUAUUUACUGCUGGUAGGUGGUACUUGUGGCAUAAGUUCCAGUGAAUCAUCUGGGCCACAGAGUUGUGCCUCUGUAGUCCGUCUGUGUGAUUUUUCUGGCAACAACUGAGAAUAUGGUCCAUGGUUUCAUCAGCUUCCUUACACAAUCUGCAUUUUGGGUCAUCCGUUGAUUUUUCAAUCCUGGCCUUAGUUGCGUUGGUUCUGAUGGUUUGCUCCUGGGCUGCAAGAAUCAGGCCUUCUGUCUCCUUCUUCAGGGCUCCAUUCAUGAGCCAUAACCAGGUCUUCUCCUUGUCAACUUUUCCUUCAAUCUUCUCAAGUAACUGCCCAUGCAAUGCUUUGUUGUGCCAGCUGUCAGCUCUGGUUUGGAGUGCAGUUUUCUUGUACUGGUUCUUUGCUGUGCUUUGAGAAGUUUCCGAUUAUUGACUUCAAUUAAAGCAGGUUCUUGGCUUUCCUUUACAUAUUCUGCCAGGGCAGGUUUUUCUUCUUCGACUGCUUAUUUUACUUGUAAAAGUCCUCUGCCACCAGACUUUCUAGGCAGAUAGAGCCGGUCAACAUCACUGCGAGGAUGUAAUGAAUUAUGAAUGGUCAUGAGUUUUCUUGUUUUUCUGUCCAAAUUCUCCAGUUCUGCCUGUGUACAGUUUACGAUGCCAGCAGUAUAUCUUAUGACAGGUAUGGCCCAGGUGUUUAGGGCCUUGAUGGUAUUGCCUCCAUUGAGCUUGCUUUUGAGAAUUUGUCUGACCUUUGAAUGUAUUCUUUGCUGACCACAGUUUUCACAUGUUCAUGUUUGAUGUUGUCCAGCUAUAGUAUGCCCAGAUAUUUAUAGGUCUCUGACUGGUGACACUUUAUCACUUGGCCAUUGGGCAUAUUAAUGCCCUCACUUUCAAUUAUUUUUCCCUUCUUCGGUGCCGCUGUCGAACAUUUGUCCAAACCAAACUCCAUGUUGAUAUCCGUGCUAAAGAUUUGGACAGUGUUAGUCAGAGACUGGAUUUCCAUUUCGGUUUUCCCAUACAGCUUCAGGUCAUCCAUGUACAGCAAAUGUGAAAUUUUGUGAGAUCUCUGAGACGUUUGAUAGCCGAGGUUUGUUUUUUGUAAGAUUGUUGACAGAGGGAUCAUGGCUUAAGUCCAAUUUAGUAUCAUCAUCAUUAUUAUUAUCAUUAUUACUUUAUUUACAUCUCACUUUUUCUCUCCACAAAGGAGACUCAAAGUAGCUUACAUUAAAAUAUUUCAAUACAAUUUUAAAAUAUACAAAUAUACAAAGAUUAAAAUAGAAUUAAAUAUCAUUAGUAUUUAAAACAAUUCACUUUAAAAACAUAAAAGCAGAUUCAAAACUAAAAACCACAGCAGCCUUUGACUUCAUCUUUAAAACCUUCUUUCAAAGCCUAUUUGAAUCCAGUUUAUACUGGGUGCAAAAUAACUUCACUUGGUUUCUACCUGAAUUGCAAACAAGAUUGAAAAUGGUUUUAGACAAACAUUGAAUAGUAUUAGCAAUGAAGGUUUUGCUCAGAUGGGAAAUUUGGAGCACCUUCAAUUCAUUUCUAAUCUAAGAUAAACCUCUCACUGGGUUUCCUUGGUAAGGUCUGUUUGGAAGAAGUUUGCCAUUGCUUUCUCCCGAUGCUGAGUUGCAAGAACAGAAAGCAUUAAGGACUCCAGCUCCUAGCAUGCUGCACCAUUGGCUAUGCUGGCUGGAGCAGAUGGGGCUUGCACUCCAACAUCUGGAGGGUUGUGUGAUACAAAUUAUGGCAUCUGCUCAAAUAAUAAUGCAUCUCUGAUUAAGGUUUAUGACUGGAACACUUUUUACAGCUAAUUCAUCAUAGAUCUAAUUCAACUGCAUUUCAGUGCUAGCCAUUCUGUUCUAUGUGGCUGAAGCUGAAUAGGGAUGAUGAUUGUUACACAGCCCAACAAAAGAAAUAAAUUUGGUGUCUUGCUGUUUGGGCCUGUUCCUGGGGUUAUUUAGGGCACUGAUUCAGAAAAUUGCAUUGGAGAGAGUGUAUCAGCUCUAGUUUCCUAGAUAUGGUUGCUAUGGGAAGGUGACUGGUAGAUGGCAUUACAUUCUGUAUCUCUAAACUAGAGCCAAUAGGGAAAAACCUUUGGGAUCAGCAGGCUGAAUAUACCCAGAAACAGGGCUAACAUUUGAGUCACCAAAAUGCAUUGUUGUUAGUAGUAGUAAUAAUAAUAAAAGUAGUAGUAACAAUUUUUUUUCUUAUCUGCCUCUCCUCGUCUUGAGACGGGUUACAACAUAGCUGAAAACACAUAAUCAUAAUCAUAGUAGUAGCAGUAUUUAUAUACUACUUUUUUCUGCCAAAGGUAACUCAGAGUGGCUAACAUUAAAAACCUUAUCAGUAUGUGAAUUUAAAACAUACUAUUAACAUAAUAAUAAUACAAUAAUAUAGCAGAGUCUUGCUUAUUCAACUUUCACUCAUCCAACAUUCUGUAUUAUCCAACGCAGUCUGCCUCCUGCCCAGAUCCACAGCUGUUUCAAUGCAUUGCAAUGUUUUGGUGCUAAAUUUGUAAAUACAAUAAUUAUUGAACUGCUUUUUCUGUCGAUUUGUUGUAAAAUAUGAUAUUUUGGUGCUUAAUUUGUAAAGUCAUAAUGUAAUUUGAUAUUUGAUAUUUAAUAGGCUUUUACUUAAUCCCUCCUUAUUAUCCAACAUUUUUGCUUAUCAAAUGUUCUGCCGGCCCAUUUAUGUUGGAUAAGCGAGACUCUACUGUAAUACACUUUAUAUUCCUCCCUUCUCCCCUGGAGACUCAGAGCAGAUUACAGCAUUUUACAUACACAGGCAGACAUUCAAUGCCUUUACAGUCAUAUAUGUAAUUUUAAUUGUUGUUUUAAUGUUAUGUUUUAAUUGGAUGAUUUUAAUAUUUUGUUUAUCCAUUAAUGUCUGUAUACAUGCAGCAUUGAAUUGUUACCUUUGUAAGGCUGCCUUGAGUCCCCUUCGGGGUUGAGAAAGGCAGGAUACAAAUAUGGUAAUAAAAAUAAAUGAAUAUGCAAUUACACACAAACACAAACAAAGGCAGAGGCUUCUCCUCUCAUCUCCAGCUUCUGGAGGCGGUGCUCAUAUCUGGCUCUGGGGUGGUGCUUUCUCCAUUUUCAAGCCAAGGAGCCUGCGUUGUCAUCUCCUGGUUGUGUGGCCGGCAAGAUUGCUUGGAGCGUCUCUUUGCCUUUUCCUACCGAAGCAGUCCCCAUUUAUAUACUCACAUUGGCAUGUUUUCAAACUGCUACAUUGGCAAGAGCUGGAGCUGACAGACGGGAGCUCACCCCAUCUUGUGGAUUUGAACGGCCCACCUUCAGGUCAGCAGUUGAGUAGCACAAGGGUUUAACCCAUUGUGCCACCACGGCUUCUUUUAAAGUAUAAUUAAAAUAGAAAAAUAGACAUUUUGAGUCUCCUUUUUAAAGAGAAAAAGUAUAAUAAUUAUUAAUAAUUAUUAUAAUAAUAGGAUCAAUCAUAGAAAUAGUAAACAUGCAAAGAAUAUGAUAAUGCAAACAUACAAAUUGGGCAGAAACAUGACAAUUCUGAAGAAGGACGACUCAGGACCUUCCUUCCUUCUUCUAAAACUCAGCCAGGAACCCCACCAUUUUAACCCAGUACGAUUUUAAGAUCCCAGAACAUUUAAAUGAGUGAGAAAAGAUGACAUCCAUGGCACUCACAUAAAUCAACCGACUUGAAGGCACAUAUAGGGUGCAAAAAUAACAUAGACGUUACUACUUCUACUACUAUGAAAAUACACUCCUUUACAGGAAAUAUCCCCAGCAUAGGAAUUUUUUUCCAGACUGAAAAUUCAGGUGUCUUGUAAGUUGCUUUAGAGAUUUCAUGUCCAGCCAUAUUUUGUUGGCUCUGAAACUGAACAUAAAAACCCAUGCUCAACAAAUGUAAAAGCGAUCGUUUCCUUUCUCUAGCUUGCGUUAACAAUUAUGCUUUGAUCAACAUUUCUUUUCAUCAUCACAAUGAUGUCUUAGCACCUCACUUGGAAAACAAAACCAAUACCAAUGUGUACAGACAGACCCCUUUGUUUCAAUGCUAGUUUAAGGAAGGGUAUCUAUUCUGGCAAAACAGAGCCUCCCGAACAAGUUCCAUGUCUUUGGAAAGGAAGCCACGGUUGCCUUUGGAUUUGAUACUUGCAGUCCUACAAAUCAAUUCCAUAUGCUAACUUUGCCAUGUUUUGCACAUUGUACUGUAUGUAUGUAUAUGUAACGCAUACUGUAUUUUUAUACGUGUAGUGAUUUUAUCAUACAUUUUGUACAUAGUGGCAAUACUGCGGCUAAGGAGAAAAAAUGUUUAUCUUACCAAUUUCGCAGUUUGUGUGGCAAAUAAAUGAAUUAAUUUA